CACUCGUCCUCAAACCAAACGAACCCUUAGCGUCUUUUCCCUUCGCCCUCUCCUAAAACCCUAGCCUCCAUGGCUUUUGCCUUCUCUAUCCUCGUCAUCAUCUCUAGAAAUGGAAAUAUGGCAGGUGUACAAUGCUUUUUCAACACUUUGCAAGGCCGAGAAGGGGAAAUAAUAAAUGUUUCCACCUUCUCUCACCUAACGCCACCGCAAAUGCGAAACUUUUGGAUUAAUUUUUGUUGGUUGAAAUUCAAAUCUCAACCAAGGCUGCACAACAAAGAGGUGAAUCAACCUCGGGCAAUUUGGGCCAUAUCUUUGCAUGAACCUAAAUGGGCCAAAAGCCUAGCUAUUCUGUCUUUCAAUCGAUUCUGUAUGGGAAAUGAAAGGGAAGCAAAUAUUUGCAAUAAAUGCCCAACCAUGGGUAAAAAUGGUGAAGGCCCAACUAUGGGUAAAAAUAGUAACUGAUGGGCUUAGGUAGGCCCACCAGCCUAAACUCCCUCUUAUUAGAUUCAUUUUUUGUGAAAAAAUGUAUUUGUGAAUGACACUUCUGAAUUAUUGGAACCCAUAUGAAUGUCAGAAUUUAGGAAACA